GUUGUUCGUGCCGUCGUGCGACAAUUCGUCCACUAGCCAGCGGUCCGUUAUCUGGCCUUCUGUCAAAAACCUUAUUGAAUUAUGAGGCCGGAAUGGUAUUUUUUUAAAAGAGGAUAGAUUAGGAAAAUUAGAAAAUAAUGUCCUCGUGCAUUAAGUUGGAGGUUGCAGUAGCUAGUGCUUCAAUUUUUGUGCGGUAACGUAUAUGAAGGCAAUCGAGGAAACGAGAUUCCAAGGGAAUAAUACAUCAUAAUAAUGGCCACUGAAGGGUCCAUGGUUGCCGAUCUACGGGCUGAAAUUGAAAGGCUAUACCGUGAAUUGGAUCUUGCUUCGACGGAAAAAAUACAAUCGGCCCAAUAUGGUCUUGCAUUGCUCGAGGAGAAGUCGGGUCUUGAACAAAAGUGCAGUGACCUCGAGUCCCUUUAUGAAAAUACCAAGCACGAACUCGACAUCACACAAGAGGCUUUAGCUAAAUUCCAGACCACGACAAAGUUAACGACAAAAAGUGGAAUAGAACAAGAAGAAAGUCUUCUUCACGAAAGCGCAGCACGUGAAACAUCUCUCCAAACAGAAAUUAUAGAAUUAGAAAAUGAAGCCAAACAGUUGCGACAUGAAUUGGAGCGCGUGCAAGCCGAACGAGAUCACGCACUUCAGGAACGUGAGGAAGUUGGCAAGGACCAUUUGCAAACAGAGGCCGAACGAAAAACCUUACGGACCGAACUUAGGGAAUGUCGAUUUCGCGAGACUCGUCUUCUACAAGACUACACUGAAUUGGAAGAUGAAAAUAUAUCCCUACAAAAACAAGUGUCAGGAUUACGUUCAAGUCAAGUUGAAUUUGAAGGUGUGAAACAUGAGAUUCGCAGGUUAACUGAGGAGGUUGAACUUCUUAAUAGUCAAGUUGAAGAAUUAUCGAAUUUAAAGAAAAUUGCCGAGAAGCAAAUGGAGGAAGCACUCGAGUCACUUCAAGCAGAGCGUGAGGCAAAAUAUGCAUUAAAAAAGGAGCUCGAUCAACGUAUUAAUAGCGAAUCAAUUUACAAUCUUAGCAAUCUUGCUCUAUCAAUUCGUGGCAUUACUGACGAUCAGAAUAUUUGCAGUGAUGGUGAGAACGAUUCGCCGGCAUUGCGGAGAAUUGAAGACGAUCUCAAAACACAAGAACCAGGUACAUCGGCGGCGGGCAAGCAAGUUGAUCUGUUCUCGGAAAUUCAUUUGAAUGAAUUGAAGAAAUUGGAGAAACAAUUGGAACUCGCCGAAUCGGAAAAGUCGUUGCUCACACAAAAUUUACGGGAAUCACAGUAUGCCGUUGAGAAGAGUCAAGGAGAAUUACAGUCGUUUGUCGCGAGGAUUGUACAAUUAGCUGCACAUGUUCAAUCAUUACAUCAUCUACACUCGAAAUUACCCGAGCAAAGGGGCGAGGAAACUGCACUUGAUAAACUUAAUCAGGCUGUCGUGCAAUACCAUCAAUGGAGUACAAUGUCGGCUCGGGAAAUUGAACAACUGCAAAAGGAUUUGGCCGAUUUGGAGAAAGGACUAACUGUUUCCGAUUCGACACAACAAUUACGUACAGAAUUAACGAAUUUACGAAAUAAGAUCCCCGUGUCAGAGAAGUGCCUUCAAGAAAAGCUUCUUGACACCGAACAGCGAAGUAUGCUACUCGAAUCGGACGUGAGUAUCCUCUCAAAAUUAGCGGCAGAAGCUGGAAGUUCUCUUGAUUCAGCUCAAAAUGAUUUACAAAAUAUGUCCGAUGAAUUAGCUCAAUUAUAUCAUCAUGUUUGUACUGUGAAUGGCGAGACACCAUCGAGAGUUAUUUUAGAUCAUGAAAAAAUUGUCCCUGAAAAAGAGGAGGACAAUGAGAAAAUUGAAUGGUGUCGAACACUCUUCAAAACUGACAUUAAAAUCGAAGAUCUCGAGAGUCUCAGUAAAGCAAAAGAAAUUGCUAAAUAUAUUGAGACUGCAAUGGAUCAAAUAAAACAUCUACGAAAUGCAGUUGAACACACGAUAGAAUUAUCGAAACUGAAGGGCAUGCAGACAACUAUGUGCAGUGUAUGCGAAGCCUCUGUCAACGAAAAUAAAGUCGAGGUCUCGGAUCUACAAGAACAAGUUAUCAAAUUCAAAGCAUUGCUUUCGGCCAAACGAGAACAAGUUACAACGUUGAGAACUGUUCUCAAGUCCAACAAAAACACGGCGGAAGUUGCAUUAACAAAUUUGAAGAGUAAAUACGAAAACGAAAAGAGUGUCGUUAAUGAAACUAUGCUCAAAUUGAGAAAUGAACUUCGAGUGUUGAAGGAAAAUGCUGCCACAUUCUCAAGUUUACGUGCAAUGUUCGCUGCUCGCUGCGAGGAAUAUGUGACACAAAUCGACGAACUUCAACGUCAAUUAACAGCAGCUGAGGACGAUCGCAAAACAUUAAAUCAAUUGUUACGUCUCGCCGUUCAACAAAAACUCGGCCUCACAAUGAAAUUAGAAGAAUAUGAGGUCGAUCGAGAAUUAAGAAAUACCAGAAGGCACGCGACUGGUGGAAAUGGACGCGGUCGAACACCACGAUUACCACAACAGACGAACCGUCCUCACAUGGGCAGAGACUUCUUCUAGAAAAUGGUUAAGAUGUGGAGCAAAAUAUUUUGAGACAAAAGAUGAUUUCUUUUCUUUCUUUUAAUAUUUAUUUAUUAAUUAUAAAACUCUUUGAAUCGAUUGUUUUACUAAUCGAGUCCGUGCUCCACAUUGCGGAAAUAUUUUUACAAAAAAGAAAAUUCACGAUGACGCCGUCCUCGCUUCGUUUAGAAAAAUUUUAAUCUCUUCUUUUUCUGUGGAGCGAGACAAUAUUUAUUUUUUCAAAAAGAAGCGUUUUCAAAAUAAUUUGAAAGUCAAACGCUUAUUGAAAAAUUUUGCUCCAUAUCGUAGCAAUUGAGUGAUGCUCUUCUCCUCAUUGCCAGUAUCGGUUAAUUAAAAAAAAGAAAAUAAAUAUAUACAAAGUCCAAGAAUCAUUACGCUUUUCGAAUUGACUUCUUGUUGAAUAAGAACACGUUAAAAAAAUGUCAUUCGACAAGGCGGAAUAUUUUUUUUUCGUUUGUGCUCAUUUUAAACGAAACACGAUUCUAGUUGUAGAUAAACGACUAAAUGAAAAAAUGAAUUUUCGAUUUAACUUUUUUCUAGAUUGAAAAUACAACAGAGAAUGAUGCGCUGUAUAUGGUAGAGAUAAUAGCAAGUAGGAAAAUUUUUUAGUGCUUAUAAUCAAAUUAGUAAAUACGAUUUUGCAACUAAAUUAGAGGUGAAUAACGAUAGUAAGCAAACAUUAACGAGUUAACAAUUUAUUUUUUAAACAAAAACUCAUCGUUCCCCCCACUAUGAUAUAGUCGAAUCUUUAACUUCUUUUGGAGUUGUUUUUUCCUGUAAAAUAGAGAGUAGAUUUUAUUUUAUUGUCUAUACACAAUUUUUAGUCCAACGGAAUUCAAUUAGUGAUAUGUACUACUUAAAGAUGUUCCUUUUUGUUAAUUAGAAACAAAAUGUGUAGAAUUUUAAUAUUAUUCUUGAUUGGACGGUAACUUAAUUCAUCUGUGAUUUCAUAUUUUCUCUCGUCCCUCGACUUUUUAAAAUUAAAUUUUAACUAGUGACUCGCCUGCUUUCUAUUUAAUUAGAAUUCAUUCCGGACGCAUUAAUAUUCCCGAAAAUGUCAAAUUU